CGAGACAGCUAGAAAUCAGACUUCUGAAAUCUAUGUGAUUUUUUUAUUCAAAUUAUCUCAGUCCCUCUUAAUCCCGAUUUUUGGAAGAAAGCUGGUGAAUUACACUUAAUAAAUUAUAACAGAGUUACAGAUGUUUACUUUGGAAAAUGUAUUAAUUUGCAUUUUCUUAUUCUGUUAAUGUCUCACGUCAAUAGUACUAAUAUUUUAAAUGUGCCUGCUUAUGUUUAGAUGUGUUCCUGAUGAUGUUGAGAUUUUUCCGAUUUAUUGGGAACCAUGAUGGAAAUAUUAAAUUAAUGGCAUGAGAGCACCACUAUUAGCCUGAUAUCACAAUGGUGAUAUUGCACUCUCUCAACAGUAUAAACGCCGGUGUAAGAAAUAAUUUGAGCCCAAGGAAAAAUAUAGAGCUUGUGGAACCAUUGUCUUUUAAAGCAGGCGGGGGUGGAAUUAGCUGCGACACAGGAAGAAUAACAACGACUUUUACAGGAACGAGUUGCUACAGUAACGAUAAGGUAGAGGAUAUAUUACAUGGUGGGUAUACGCAAUGUAGUUCCUAUUAGAUGAGCAAUCUCGGGGCCUCUUGUGGGUUGUGAGUGCCCGAGCGCUACAGUAUGGGCAAAAUUGGGCACAACUUACAUCCGGUACUCCUGGUGGUCAUUGUAGUAGUCGGUGGCUUUGUAACCUCUGUGCUGGGGUCGCAUGGGGAUAGGGAACCAGUCUAUAAAGACUGUGUAAAACGAUGCGAUGAGAGAAACUGUUCGGGGGCAAGACUGCAGGCUUUCCAAACUCAACAGCCCGUCUACAUGAGUAUUACAGGCUGGACCUGUAAAGAUGACUGUCUAUAUAACUGCAUGUGGUAUACAGUUGGCCUGUAUAUCAAAGAAGGUUACAGUGUGCCUCAGUUUCAUGGCAAGUGGCCCUUUUAUCGGUUCCUGUUUUUCCAGGAACCUGCGUCUGCCUUUGCUUCUCUCCUGAAUGGCCUUACUAACUUUGUGAUGAUGAACAGAUACAAAGCAGCUGUGCCCAGUGACUCUCCCAUGUAUGAAACGUGUACCUCAUUUGCCAUAGUUUCUUUGCAUGCAUGGUUUUGGUCCACAAUAUUCCAUACUCGUGACACAGGUAUAACUGAGAAAUUGGAUUAUUUCUGUGCAUCGUCUGUCAUCCUGUACUCGCUGUACCUGUGCUGUGUCAGAACACUGGGCCUUAGGCAUCCUGUAUUAGCCAGCUGCUUUGGAAUUGUCCUGAUACUCUUCUUCACAUGUCACAUAGCAUACCUGACCUUUGUGCGAUUUGAUUACGGCUACAAUAUGUUUGCUAACAUAACUGUAGGUAUUAUAAACUUGUCGUGGUGGUUGUGUUGGUGUAUGAGGAACCGAAAGCAGCUCUCCUAUGUCCGGAAAUGUAUGGUGGUUAUGGUGCUUCUUAACUUACUGGCACUGCUUGAACUCCUGGACUUCCCUCCGUUAUUCUGGGUAUUCGAUGCACAUGCAGUGUGGCACUUCAGCACUGUUCCUUUACCUUUCCUCUUUUACAGCUUUCUUAUGGAUGACAGCCUUUACCUUUUGAAGGCCAAAUCAGGAAUAAUAAAGUCCGACUAACAAAGACAACUACUUCAUACAAGCAAAAUGUGGAGUACACAGACUCUGGAUUUGUGCUAAUUCAGCUUUUAGCAUGUUCUCCUGUUAAAAUAGCUUAACUUCAAUCUUUCCCCUUUGAAAGGGUAAUCUUGCACUUUGUGGUUUGUGUUCUAUAUUGUACCUUUUUUUUUUUUUUUGGAAAACCAUGUUGCCUUUACAAUGAAAUGGUAUGUUUGCAUUUGUUCACUUUAACCCUCAGCUAACGUAAAGCUAAUUAAGGAGCAACACCAUUAUGUUGUAUGCAGCGGGGGUAUUUUUUCAGAUGCCUGUUUGUAUUAAAUCGUUUCUGUUCUGUACUUAAAUAUUUAAACUAAUGUUUAAAACAGGGAUAUAAAAUCACUCAUGCUGCCAUGAGCAUUUAUAAUUCAUA